AUGACCACCGUUUCGACCCAGGUCGCCGCCUCCAGAAUCGCCAGCCCAACGCUAGACAUGUUGAUUUCUCAAACACUCUCGCCCGGGGACUGCCCCACGAGUGACGAUACCCUCGACUUCUCCUUCACACCAGGCUCCAACACGGCCCCUUGCCCAUAG